AUGACGCGCUUUGGGAGGAGCAGUGUCGUCCCUGCAGAGUCCAGCCAGAGGACAGACGGCAGCAUGGCGAGCAGUGCUGGUCGGGGGGCCUUGGCUCCACUGAACAUGAACAACUGCAACAACAAUGAUGGCAAAAAAGAUGAAAAGAAGGAUGAUAAGAAAGAUGAAAAGAAAGACGAAAAGAAAGACGAAAAGAAGGACGACAAGAAAGAUGAAAAGAAAGACGACAAGAAAGACGAUAAGAAAGACGAUAAGAAAGAUGACAAAAAGGAUGGCAAGAAAGACGACAAAAAAGAAGAACCCCCGAAGGAGGUGUGGAUCAUGGACCCCGCCACGGACAUGUACUACUACUGGCUGUGCACUAUAUCGAUCCCGGUGUUCUACAACCUGAUGCUCCUGGUGGCCAGGUCGUGUUUCAAUGAACUGCAGUAUACAAACAUAACGCUGUGGUUGGUUUUGGACUACACUUCAGAUGUCCUCUACUACCUUGACACCUUUGUGAGAGCCAGGACAGGUUUUCUGGAACAAGGGCUGCUUGUAAGGGAUGAAAAGGUCCUAAAAGAAAGGUACAUGAAGACUCUCCAGUUCAAAAUGGACGUCUUAUCAAUUCUUCCCACUGACAUUAUAUUCUUCCAAAUUGGAAUCAACAACCCAGAGUGGAGGUUCAACCGUCUCUUGAGGCUGGCUCGACUCUUUGAGUUCUUUGACCGGACUGAAACUCGAACCAAUUUUCCAAACAUUUUUCGAAUUGGUAAUCUUGUUCUUUACAUCAUCAUCAUUAUUCACUGGAAUGGUUGCCUCUACUUUGCCAUCUCCAAGGUUCUUGGUUUUGGCUCAGACACCUGGGUGUAUCCAGACAUCAAUCAUGUUGAGUAUUCUCGCCUGGCCAGACAGUACAUCUACUGCUUUUACUGGUCCACUCUUACGUUGACUACUAUUGGAGAGACGCCACCCCCAGUCCGAGACAUUGAAUAUUUUUUUGUGGUAGUUGACUUCCUCACCGGGGUUCUGAUCUUUGCUACGAUUGUAGGAAACGUUGGUGCCAUGAUUUCCAACAUGAAUGCUGCACGUGUGGAGUUCCAGGCUAAGAUUGACUCGAUCAAGCAGUACAUGCAGUUUCGUAAGGUCACCAAAGAUCUGGAGGCAAGAGUGGUGAAGUGGUUUGACUACCUUUGGACUGAGGAGAAAACCUGCGACGAGAAGCUAGUGCUGAAGAAUCUCCCAGACAAGCUGAAGGCUGAGAUCGCCAUUAACGUACAUCUGGAGACCCUAAGAAAAGUGCGCAUCUUUCAAGACUGUGAAGCAGGUUUGCUUAUUGAGUUGGUCCUGAAACUCCAGCCUCAAGUUUUCAGUCCUGGUGACUACAUCUGUAAGAAGGGGGACAUUGGCAGGGAAAUGUAUAUCAUCAAAGAAGGAAAGCUGGCUGUGGUAGCGGAUGAUGGGGUUACCCAGUUUGUGGUCCUCAGUGAUGGGGCAUAUUUUGGAGAAAUCAGUAUCCUUGGGAUCAAAGGUAGCAAGGCAGGUAACCGAAGAACAGCAAAUAUCCGAAGCGUGGGCUACUCUGAUCUGUUCGCCCUGUCCAAAGACGAUCUGAUGGAGGCGCUCAUAGAGUACCCUGAUGCUAAAUAUGCUCUGGAGGAGAAAGGAAGGGCCAUCCUGAUGAAAGAUAACCUCAUAGACGAGUCGCUGGUCUCUGCCACUGACGCCAAAGACAUGGAAAACAAAGUCAACCAGAUUGAGGCCAAUUUGGAGGUCAUGGCAGCCAAAUUCCGAAAGCUAACAAGCCACUACGAGUCCUCCCAGCGCAAACUCAAGCAGCGACUCACGAAUAUAUCAAACCAGGCCAGAGGCAUCACCGUAGACUUUGAUUAA